AUGGCACGCGCAACCCCGUUAGGGAGAUAUCGUAAUAUUGGGAUAAUGGCACACAUAGAUGCUGGUAAGACAACAACUACAGAGCGUGUGCUUUUUUAUACUGGUGUGUCCCAUAAAAUGGGCGAGGUUCAUGAUGGUGCGGCUGCUAUGGACUGGAUGGAGCAGGAAAGGGAGCGUGGAAUUACCAUAACUUCUGCUGCAACAACCUGUUUCUGGAGAGGAAUGUACGGGCAGUUUGAUGCUCAUAGACUUAACUUGAUUGACACUCCUGGUCAUGUGGACUUUACGAUUGAAGUGGAAAGGUCGCUUCGUGUUUUGGAUGGUGCUGUUGCGGUGUUUUGUGCGGUGGGUGGUGUUGAGCCUCAGUCUGAAACAGUGUGGCGCCAAGCGAAUAAGUAUCAUGUGCCGCGAAUUGCGUUUGUAAAUAAGAUGGAUCGCGCCGGAGCAGAUUUUCUUCGUGUGGUUGCUCAGAUGAAGUCGCGCUUGGGCGCAUCGGCAAUUCCUGUUCAAUUACCGAUCGGUUCUGAGGAGUCGUUUGGCGGUGUUGUUGAUUUGGUGCAGAUGAAAUCGGUUGGCUGGGAUGAUGCUGAUUUGGGUGUUACCCCGGUAGUUGGUGAUAUUCCGCUUGAAAUGUUAGAGCUUGUUCAGCAGUGGCGUGAGUUGUUGGUUGAAGCAGUUGCAGAGUCAUCUGAAGAGUUAAUGGAUAG